AUGGAACUUCGUUUAUUUUUUCAAUCAAAAGUGAUUUUCAGUAAAACCACCUCGCAAUGGGUCAACGGAUUGAUGUCGAAUUAUGAUUAUCUCCUGGAGUUGAACAAGGCGGCUGGUCGUGUCAGAGGAGAAAUUCACAAUCAUCCCAUAUUCCCGUGGGUAUGCGACUUCAAAGAACAGAUGGGUGGUUGGCGUGAUUUAUCCAAAACGAAGUACCGUCUUACGAAAGGGGAUGAUCAGUUGGGACAAAAUUUCCGGCAUCUUUCCCAUCACAUUCCGGAAGUGCUGUCCGAUAUCGGCUACAUGGUCUAUAAGGCAAGAGUGGAAUCGAAAAUUAACUUAUGCAAGCACGUUCGUAGUAAGUGGGUUCCUCGAGAAUAUCCAGCGAGUAUGGCACGAAUGUACGAAUGGACCCCAGAUGAGUGCAUUCCGGAAUUCUAUGAUGAUCCAUCAAUAUUAGGUGGGCACCGUUACCAUUCGGUUCUAGUUUUCAAGGAUUUGGAAGAAAUAUCGCUCAGAUUGAGAGAUUCCUCAGCAGAUUGA